UGCAAGCAUGAGACAGCCAAUGACACACGCCACUGUUUACACACUGGCCUUUUAACGUCUCUUAUCAGUGGUGGUAGUAGUAUUGUGUUAACGUUUGCUACUUGUGUGGACAAAGCCAGAGAGUAUAUAUGGACUGUGCGCGAUAGCAGUGGGGUGGUCGACUUCAUAUCAAUUUCUGAUCUGUUGACACCAACAUCUUCUGAGAAACAACUUGGCACUCUGGAAGACCAAGUUGGACUGGUAUCUUGAUAUUUGGGGAUUGCAUUUCUUUUGAUUUCAACAGUGUUUUUCAUUUGCAAAGGCAGUACAUUUACAUGUGUAAAGCAGGGAAACCAUUGAACGUUUCUUUUGUUGGAGUGCAUCCAUUCAUAGAGUUUGUUUUUUGUGACAGAGUCUCGCUCGAGGCCUACAAUUGUAAAUAGUACACCUUUUGCACGUUGUGCCUGGCAUGACGUGAUCUCCACACCCGAGCCUAUCACAAUGGUGUGAUUCAUCCUCCAUUUACGACCCAAUCAAACCAAGGCAUUUCACCGAGAGGCAAGAUGGCACGAAGGAUUGUUUUCCAAGCGACUCUCUUGCUCCUGAUAGUGUGGUGCGGUCUGAGUUUGGCCCAGGUCUCCGGUCCCGAGCCCACGGCGGAAGGAGAAGCAACCAGCGAACCAGGUCCUCAUCCCGAAAAUGAACCGGAGCCAGAACCCGAGGGAGAAGGUGAGCCAGAACCAGAGCCUGAGGGUGAAAGUGAACCAGCCGCGCAACCAGACUCGCCGUUUGCAGAACCGGUACCAGCAUGGGACGUUGCCCUACCCCUCUACAAGUGGGCUUGGCCAUUUCACAUCUACCUGCUGGGAGUCCUUUUCGCUCUCCUAGCCGUCUACUCCCUCGGAAGUAUCAUCAAGCUUCGAGAGCGACGGCUGCUCAGCCAUGGCUACUUCAUCGCCCUGAACCUGUUGAUGCUGCUUAUGGGUGUCAUCAGGGCAGUGUACCUGCUUGUGGAUGCCUACAACUUCAAGGGUAUCUGGCCCAACGUCAUAGCAUACCUGUUUCUAGGUACAGGGUUCCCCUGCCUCACCUCAGCAUUUAGUAUUCUUUUCAUGGCCCUGCUGCAAUCGACAAAAACUCGCCUAGUACCCCCAACCAUUCAGAAGCCCAAGUACCUGGCAGUGGUCAUCAUCUUUCAUUUUGCCUUUGCUUUCAUAGCCGAUGUGGUGGUAGGACUCUUUGCUUCUGCAGCGGCGUUGCUCCUGGCUUGCCAAGUAGCGUUUGUUGUAUGGGGUGUUUUCCUGACAGUUAGUUACCUGGUCAUAUUCCGCCGUCUCUACAGGUCAUCUGUGAGGAAGUUCAGGGAAAUAAGCCGUCUGAGCAUGAGGACUUCAUCCAUUGUCCUGCCUGGAGAGAGACCAUUGAUCAAGCCUAGAAACAACUGGGGUAGUGCAAUAAGAAUAACAUUGGUAACUGCUUUUCUUGGUCUCCUCAUUGCAGUCCUGCAGGUGUACGGCAUGCUGGUGGUGUAUGGACCUGUUGGUGGCCAAAAGCAGAUCCCUGACCCGUGGCCUUGGUGGGGAUACCAAUUCACUUUCCGUGUCCUGGAGUUCUUGAUGUGCGCCCUGAUGAGUUACGUUGCAACGCAACCAUUCCGUUACACCAAGGAUGGUAAGGAGAAGCCUUGCGUGUGCCUUCCUUGCUGGCAUGUAAUCCUUGAGGUGUGUGGUAGGAGAGAGAAAGAGGUUCUCCAAACAGAAGAAGAAAUGAAUUCACAGGUCUGGAGCAGUGCCUUUGAGCCAUGCCUCCCCAAGAAGCCUACAAUGUACAGUGGGUUAGCCACAAAAGAAGCAUCAGCAUACUCCCAAAACACAAACGUCAACAAUGCAUCUGUGAAUAUAAACCUAGAACAGAGGGGAGGCACUGACAAAGACUUGCAGCUCGACAAGAGCAUGAACUUGAAUGGGAUGAAGAAAGCGAAGAGCACUGAAGCCAUUGGUUCUGAGCUGAACAACAGGACAAAAUCACCUCAGACGGCUCCAAUCGGUGGAGCCCCUUUCUUCGAAACGAACAAUUCUCAGGUGGUGAGGAAUGAGCUUCAGGCUCCGAUCCAGCGAGGGGACAAGGUGACUAACUGUCGCUCAAUGCCCAUCCAACCCUCAGCGGAUGGUGAGUGGGCGGGACUGGAGAAGACACCAAGCCAUCAUUCUGUGUCUGAUGUCAACCAUACAGACAAGCCAGUGGAUUUAUCUGUCUGCAGCAGUCCUGCUGCGGAUAUUAGCGUGGAUGUCACCGAAGAAACACCCCUCAAUCCAGCUCCGUAAGAUACCUUGCAGAAAGUCCUGUCUUUUUGUUGCAGAUUCCAUUCACAUUUUUUGACUGUGAAGAAUUUGAGGUUGAUGGGGGAAAUAUGUGACGUACGGUUUCUGCUGAAAGCUACUGCUAAACAUGGUUUAGUAUAUUUGUGAAGUACCUAUUAAAGAUAGUGAUCAUGUGCCAAGAUGGCUUGGUAAAUGCUUUGUACAGUGUAAAUAAUGCCUUUGAGGUUGUCUAUAAUUACUACAUGUUUAUCGGUAUUUAUAUGUAUUAAAAUCAUUUGUAACAUU